AUGAACAAUAAUGCGCCGGCCAUCGUGCGGUCGCUGGCUCUUUUGAACUCGCUUCGAGACCGCACCGAUCUGUUAUCGCGGCAGCUGGAAGAUUUGACGUCCAAAUGCUCCUCCGACCCCGACGCGUAUCCUCUGUCUUCACUGUCGGUUCGACGAGAGAUAUCGAGCAUCUACAACCAACUGACGAUGCUGCAGCACAAUAGUGCGGUGAAAGCUGCUGACGUGGCCCGUUUGGUUGAGGGCGAAUUGGCUAAGGGCCGCCAAGCUUUACGCGUUUUGGCCAGUGGAGAAGAUGGAGACCAGGUGGUCCGAGAGGCGGACACGAGCGACACAAGGGACAACCACGACAUACAUGGAGUACGCGCACAAAGACAGGAUACACAAGGAGCUAUACCCCAGGUUGCCUUUGAACUUCCACCGGAGGUUUUGAAUGGAGACACCAAUGGAGUGUUGGAGGAGGAUGACAGGGGACAUGUUGAGAAGGAAUUGCAAGCCUCGUCGGAACAGGAGUUGGAGGAGGCAGAGGAAACAGCUACUGCAGCAGCACAAUCGGAACAGACCAACGGAAGUGUGCAAGAGGUGGAUGAGCCUGUGGAGGGUGUUGGGGCUGACGAGGAGCCAGUUGAAGAACCAGUUGAAGAACCAGUUGAAGAACCAGUUGAAGAACCAGUUGAAGAACCAGUUGAACAGGUUACUGAAACCCCAAUCACGGAGGAAGUGCGGUCACCGAAGAAGAAAAAGUCCGGCAAGUCGCUAAAGAAGAAGGAGAAACGGUCAGAGGCGUUACCCGAGUCUCCGCCAGACAGCAUACCCGCGUCUCUUUCUGUGAAUUCUCCCCCCCCAGCAGAUGUGUCAGCUACAACCGCAUCGGAAGAAGCUAUUCCUCUGAUUCCGUCAACGCCUCCAGACGACGAGGACAAGAAGCAGCACAGCAAGAAUUCUCGACGCCGCAAGCGCGACAACCGCAUUUUGCAUGAGCUCAGCUCGUUGGAUAUUGUCAAUGUCAACGAGGAGGCCUCCAAGAGAAGGAAGAGAAGGAGGUCAGAGGUAGAAGUGGAGGAGAAGGAGAGUGUGGGUGGGGAGAAUAAGCAGGAACACGAGGAGGAAGAGGAAAAUGAGGAGGAAGAGGAAAAUAAGGAGGAAGAGGAAAAUAAGGAGGAAGAGGAAAAUAAGGAGGAAGAGGAAAAUGAGGAGGAAGAAGAAAAUGAGGAAGAAGAGGAGGCCACCGAAGAAGGCGAGGUUGAAACUACUCCUGAAGUGGACACUGAAGCUCAAGAUGAAACGGUUCCCUCUCAAUCAAAAGUCCCACCUGUGGCUGAUGAUGUGGUCGCUUCUCCUCCCGCAAAACGCCGAAGAACAAGGUCCCAGAGCUCUUCCAAGGAAAAGCCUCUAAACCCUAUUAAAGAGGUGGUUGAAGAGGCGGUCGAGGAGGAUACUAAAGAGGAGGACAAGGAAGGUCUUGGAGAGGCGAAAUCCACAGCAAACAGACGAUUGCCACCCCCUACACCGCCCGUGGAAGACGUGUUUUGCACGUGUCGAAAGGGCUCGCAGGGCCGCAUGAUUGCGUGCGACUCGCCAAAGUGCAAAACGGAGUGGUUCCACAUGAAGUGCGUGGGGCUCAAACACCCACCUCGAGGCGACUGGUACUGCGACGCGUGCGCCAAGAUCCGGGCUGACCGCAAGGCCCGCAAGAAGGAGCUGGGUGCAAAGAACAAGAUGUCGAAACAGGCUAAAAAGGCCCAGGAGGAGGGAACCGAAGCAUCUCGACCGAGGCGGACGAGGAAGAGGUAA